UCCACUGGGACAGCUAGGGGAACUUGAUCCAACUCUCCUAACACUUCAACAUUGGGAUUCACAGGGGGAGCAUAGACAUCUCCCCUCCUUAUGCUAAUCCAGAGCCCCAAAGAAGAUAGACAGUGGAUCGUGGCUGACAAGAGACCACAAAAAAAACAAGAAAAUGAAGAAGAUGAAGGACCCGAUAAAGGGGAAGUAGCUGGAGUUGAAAAGGAUGCUCAUGACCAAGGCAGAAAUUGACAGACUGCUUGCCAAACCCCAACCCCAUCCGCCCAUUAAGUACCCAAUCGUGAGUGGGGGCGGGGGAGUCUGGAGUUGGAGCGUCACAAUCAAGGUAACUGGUAAAAACAGCAUAAGAUGUCUCUGAAGGUAGGUACCCUAAACAUGUGCAGCUUGGCCAAAGACAGAGAGAACUGAGGUUAGCAGACUUGCCUUCAGGACAGGAGGCAAAUCUGAAGGCAGGAGGAUGGUGGGUGAGGGAGGAGGAGGGCUACAAGAGCAUUGCUGUGUCAGUAAUAAAACAAGACAAUGAAAUAACAAUCGAACGUGAGUCACAAUCAAACCACUGGGUUAUCAAUGUACGUACAGCAAAGCCUCAAUCCCCUCAAAGGAAAGCAACGAUUUGACAAAGGACCUUCUGCUCCAUUAGAGAGAGACAGAGAAGAGAACCAUAGUCAUGGCCUUCACUGGGCAGUAUGAACUAGAGAGUCAGGAGAACUUUGAACCAUUUAUGAGAGCUAUUGGUCUCACAAAUGAAGACAUUGAGCAAACUAAGGCCAUUGGCUGGGUGACCAAUAUCAUCCAAGAAGGCGACCAUUUCAAAAUGAUCACCUCAUUAAGCAAUACGCAACACGUCAACGAGUUUACUCUGGGGAAAGAGGCAAUGAUUCAUACCUUCACUGGAAAAAAGUUCAAGGUAACGGUCAACUCUGAUGGACCCACUAGACUGAUCGGACAAAUGGACAACGUGAAGACUGUCACCGAGCUGAAAGGGAACAAAUUGAUUAGUAUAAGGAAAAUCGGACCACUCAUGUAUAGAAGCGUCAGCAGAGGGAUCAGCUGUACAAAAAGCAAAGGGCGCUGCGCGAUUAUUGCAGUGUUGUGUGUAAAAAUAAAACUACCACUACCUGAAUUUGCCCCCUAAACUUCAUGCAGGAUAACAACAACAACUUGCACUUAUAUAGAGUCCU